GAAUUCCUGCGCUUCAAUUUCUCUUAAAUAGACCCCUCGUUUCUACAGAGUAUUCUAACAAUUAUCGCAUACCUCUCCACGACCUCACCACAGCCAAAAUGACCACCAGCGUGAAGCUCAACGACCAAAUCUCCAUCCCCAUCCUCGCCUACGGCACCGGCACAGCUUGGUACAAAUCCGCAAGCGACACCACCGUUAACCGCGACCUAGUCGAAGCCAUCAAAACCGCCAUCCGCCUGGGCUACCGCCACCUCGACGGCGCCGAGGUCUACGGCACCGAAGCGGAGUUAGGCGUUGCAAUCAAGGAAAGCGGUGUUUCGCGCGAGGAGCUCUUCGUGACGACCAAGGUUAUUACGAACAUUGCGGAUAUCCAGAGUGCUUUCAAGAGUAGUUUGGAGAAGUUGCAGUUGGAUUAUGUGGAUUUGUACCUAAUUCACUCUCCUUUCUUCGCCAAGUCCGAUGCGGAACUUCAAUCUGCCUGGAAGGAACUGGAGCAGAUUCAGCUAUCCGGUAAAGCUAAAGCCAUUGGUGUCUCGAACUACCGCCGCGAACACCUCGAAGCUACCCUCGCGACAGCAUCUAUCACUCCUGCUAUCAACCAGAUCGAAUACCAUCCCUACCUCCAACAGGGCGAUUUGCUGCCCUUCCACCGCGAGCAGGGAAUCAAGACAGCUAGCUACGGCCCCUUAACCCCCAUUACUCGUGCGGCCGGAGGCCCUGUCGAUGCGAAGGUAAAGGAACUGGCUGGAAAGUAUGGGGUUUCCGAGGGAGAUGUGUUGCUACGGUGGUCGAUUGAGAAGGGGGAUGUUGCGAUUACGACUAGUGGGAAGGAGGAGAGGUUGAAGGAGUAUCUUCGUGUGUUGGACUUCCAGUUGGAGAAGGAGGAGGUGGAAGCGAUUACGAAGCUUGGAGGGGAGAAACAUUAUCGGGCUUUCUGGAGGAAGCAGUAUGGGGAGGAAUAAGUUUUUGUCCUUAUAUUGUUCUGACUAUGUUCGGUUUGUAGAGGAUUGUGGUACAUACAAGCACAUACAAACCUCUCCUA